GAGGAGGUUACAUACUGGCAUUGGUAGGAUACAGAGCUUCUCCAAACCAGAUAUCAAUCUGGACGCAGAGCAGGACUGCAUGCAGUGCUCCGAGCUCCCAGAAUAACUGUGCAAAGGAUGGCUUAAAAGAGAGACUUUUGGAUUAUAAACCCACAGUCAUUUAACCUGAGGGGCAACUCACAAAACCAACUUUCACAGAGUGAGCUGGCAGCAAACUGCACAGAGGAAACCACACUGCACUACCAAACAGCGGAUAUUGGUCCUCCUGUAUCUGUUUUUGUGAUGUGAUCGCUUCUCUGCGCCAAAGUGGCGCUCUAACUUUACGCACGAUGGAGGACUUUUUACGCGAGCAGACUAGUUGGUUGCAGAACGUUUCCUGGAGCAACUCGAGUCGUGCAAAUGCCAGUCACGUAGGAAACACCACAGUGAAUCCUCUGAGACGAAACGAAGACGUGGCCAAAGUGGAGAUCGCCGUCCUGGUCCUUGUGCUGCUGCUGGCUCUCACCGGCAACCUGUGCGUCCUGCUGGCCAUCCACCACACCACCAAGAACAGCCAGUCCCGCAUGUAUUACUUCAUGAAGCACCUGAGCCUCGCAGACCUGUUCGUUGCCAUCUUCCAGGUCUUACCUCAACUCAUCUGGGACAUCACGUUUCGCUUCUACGGACCGGAUCUGCUGUGUAGGCUGGUGAAAUACCUCCAGGUCGUGGGCAUGUUCGCAUCCACUUACAUGCUGGUCCUGAUGUCCAUCGACAGGUGCUUAGCCAUCUGCCAGCCGCUUCGCUCCGUGCACAAGAGAAAGGAUCACCUGUGUGUGAUCGCGUCCUGGAUGCUCAGCCUGAUCUUCAGCACUCCUCAGGCCUACAUCUUUGCCAUGAGGGAUGUGGGGAAAGGUGUGUAUGACUGCUGGGGAGACUUUAUGAUCCCAUGGGGAGCCAAAGCCUACAUCACAUGGAUGAGUCUCAGCAUUUACAUUCUACCUGUGGCGAUUUUAAGCAUCUGCUAUGGCUUGAUCUGUUAUAAAAUAUGGGAGAAUUUCAAUUUGAAAACCAGAAGGGAUCACUUCCUGGCUCUCACCCCGAGGCCCUCUAAAGACGCUCAUGCUCUCUUUCGCGUGAGCAGCGUGAGGCUCAUCUCCAAAGCAAAGAUCCGCACAGUGAAGAUGACUUUUGUGGUGGUUCUUGCCUACAUUGUGUGCUGGACUCCCUUCUUCUUUGUCCAGAUGUGGUCUGCAUGGGAUCCUGCUGCACCAAGAGAAAACGUGGCCUUCAUCAUCUCCAUGUUGCUGGCCAGUCUCAACAGCUGCUGUAACCCCUGGAUCUACAUGUUCUUUGCUGGUCACCUGUUCCAGGACCUGACGCAGUACUUCUUCUGCUGCUGUAGACAGUACCUGACAGCCUCCUCCUGCAGCUGUGAUCGACAAUGCACGCACAAGAGCAACUCGUCCACGUGCGUCAUCAAAGAGUCAGCAGCCAGAGGAGCCUCACACACACAUCCAGCACAGGCGGACCUGGACCCUGAGGGAGCCAGCUGAAAGCCAUCCAGGCUUCCUGUAGUCGAGCCCCCCAUUUCAGCCAUUUAAUCAUCUGCAGCAGCACCGCAGUGGCCAUUGCAACAUUGUUUUCAAAAACAAUGAGCUAAAUAGACACUACUGUGUGUGCCCUUGACUUUCCCGAAA